AUGCCAGCAGCGCGCGGCGCCCUCCGUCCGCGGAGCCCAGCCGCCGUCGCGGGCGGAGCGAGCGAGGGGCGGGACCGACCCCCGGGGCGUGGGCGGGACCGGCCCCGCCCCUCGCGCCGCUCCCCCAAUCGCGGCCACCGCAGCACAAGCUCUCCGCCCGCCCACAGUGCACCGCGGCAGAGAGACGCGGUGGGUCGGGUGUACCCCUUGCUCGGGAGGCGCUGCCCCCUCCAAGCCAUAUGUGUGGUACCAACGGAAUACAGUAUGUGGACUUGCUCUAAAAGUGCUGCUGAUGAAGACCUGCUUGGAAAUUUACAGUCAUUACGGAAUCAGCUGAGGAGAACUGAAAAAAACCUACAAACUGUAGAGGAAGAGCUUUCUAGUACAAGUGACUGUUAUGGCCACUGCUUCAAUGAGGCUGUAGACUUCACUCUGGAGGACCUUGUUCAGCCUAAUUGCAACUAUCAAGGCUUUUCCAACUGUAAGAAGAAUGCUGGUAAAACAUCUUGCCAGGAUUUUCAAAGAAAAUCCAAAUCUUACUCAGUAUCCACAACUUCUGAUAAAACUGUGGAAGAAAAUGAACAUCUCAAGGAGAAGCUGGAUGCCCUUCAUGAGCAAAAUGCAUCUUUGGCUUCUCAGAACCAUUACCUAAAGAACAGAGUGGAAGCAAUGAACUUUGAAUUGAUGCAGUCAAAAACAAGAAUUUGUUAUCUUGAAUCGACUUUAGGUACACACUUAGUCAGCAUUCCAAAGUUAAAAGAACAGAUUGUAAACUUGGAAGCAGAAGUUUCAGCUCAAGAUAAAAUUCUGAGAGAUGCAGAGGAUAAACUAGAUCAAAGCCAGAAAACAGGAAUGGAAAGAGAAAAUAUGCUGCAAAGAUAUAAAAAGGACUAUAAAAAUCUGAAAAUGGAGUUAAUUGAACGAAGCAAGCAAGGAAAGAGAGCAGAACAGCAAAGAAAUGAAGCUUUGUUGAAUGUGGAGGAGCUGACAAGAUCUUUCAAAAAGUAUAAAGAGAAAAUAACUGAAAAAUUAGAAAAGGUUAAAGCUGAAGAAGUAGUCUUGCGAAAACGUUUAAUUAAUUGUGAAAAAGAAAAAGAGAAGAUGAAUGAAAAGUGUGUCAGCUACAGAAAGGAUCUAAACAUCCUAGAAGAGCAAUUAAGGCAAUUAAAGGAAGAGAAUCAUAGCACAAAAGAAAAAAUUAAGACUCUAGAGGCAAAGAACACUGACGUGGUAUCAAUGCUGACUCGGUCUGAUCAGAAGAUCAUUGAGCUUGAGAGUGAACUUCAUGAAAAAGAAAUAGUGCUUAAAGAGAAAAAUGCUCUAAUAAGUGAAAAUGCAGAGCUGAGAGCACUUACUGCACAGCAACAUAACCGCUUGAAACUAUACCAUCAAGAAAUUGAAGACUCAAGGGAAGAGCUCAACAUACUAGAAACCAUUAUUUCCCAGUUGUCUCUAAGUACGUCUGAAGAGCUUAAAUGGCACCACUUGAAACACCAGCUAUCCAGUUCCUCAACAAAAGAAGCUCUCUCCGAAUCUUGUUUUGAAUCGAAUAAACCUUUGAUUGCAGAUCUAAGCAUUAAACUGGCAAUGAAAGAAGCAGAAAUUCAGAAGCCUUGUGCAAACUUGACUAUCUGUACUGGAGCUGAGCAUCUUUCUAAUGAUAAUGAAGGACAAGAAAAUAGCAGGUUAUGUGGCCUGGAAGCAGAGCCUGUCAAAUUGAUCAGACGUCAAGGAGAGAGGAGAAAAUGUCAACAGUUGGAACUUAUCAGCAAACAAUUUGAAAAGGAGAGGCAAAGAUUCCAGAAAGAGAUAGAAGAGUUACGCACUAAACUGACAAAAGCAGAUGAUGUGAAUUCGUCUUUGAAGACCAGCAUGGCUCAGAGAGCCAGUCAGUUUCAAAUCAUACAGGAAGACCUAUUGAAGAAGGCUUCCAAAACUAGUAGCUUAGAGAGAGAAGUAACAAAGAAAUCUUCUCAACUUUCUGCGCUUGAGAAACAGUUGGAAGAAAAGACUAUUGCUUAUUCUCUUGCUGCAACAAGAAAUACUGAGUUGGAACAGGAACUCAUGGGAAAAAACAGACGCAUUCAUGAGUUGGAAACAACUAUCAGUGAAGAACAUGAGCAAGUAACUUCUGCUUUUGAAAAAGCAAAGUUGGUUCACCUUGAGGAGCACAAAGAGAUGGAGAAACAGAUUGAACUACUUCAGACACAGCUGGAGAAGAAACAUCAACAAUUCAUUGAACAAGAGAAAAUAAUAUCUAUUUUGCAACAAGAUGUUAUACAUAAACAGCAUCGCAUUGAAUCAUUGGAUGGGCUCCUGAUAGAAAGCAGAGAGGAAAUGGAAAAUCAAAAUGUCAAGAAAGAUCAAGGAUUGAAGAUGCUGAAAAGUCAGCUAACAGAAGAAACAAUCAAAGUGAGACAACUCGAGUCAGCACUGGAUGUGUGUAAGGAAGAAGUUGCACUGUAUUUGAAUCAGUCACAAGAAAAUAAGGAGAUAUUUGAAAAUCAGCUCAAAAAAAAGUCUGAAGAGGUUCAUUAUUUACAGAAAGAAAUAAAACUAAAAGAUCAGAAUAUUCAGGACACAAAUGAACAAAAUAUUCUCCUACAGCAAACUUUGCAUCAUCAGCAGCAAAUGUUACAGCAAGAAACUAUUAGAAAUGGGGAGCUGGAAGAUAACCAAAUUAAAAUAGAAAAACAGGUAUCCAAUUUGGAACAAGAGCUUCAGAAGCAGAAAGCAUGUGCAGAAGAUAAGUUGAGAAAGGUAGAGGAGAAACAUCGCCUAGCUGCUCAGGAAGCAGAUUUAAACAGACAGAAAGUGGAUGAACUUAAUGGUACAAUCAGACAAAUGAAAUUGGAGAUGGAUCAGUGCAAGAGUGAACUUACUGGUAUGGAAAAGGAAGUAGUGCAAUUAAAACGAGAUGGUGAAGACAAAGCAAUGCAGAUAAAUCAGUUGGAUAUUAUUUUGGAAGAAGCACGAUCAGAGCUCAAUGAAAAGGCAAAUGAGGUCAAUGAUUUACAAGAUAAGCUGCUUCAAAGUGAGACUUGCCACAGGGAAGCCUUACAGAAAAUAGUAGAACUAGAAUCUGCAUUAGAGAAUGCCCAUGGAGAAUUAAAAAUCACUUUAACACAGCUUCAGGAAUUGCAAGAUGCAUUACAGAAUGCACAGUCCUCUCUGGAGAAGAAGCAUGUUGCUAUCAUGGAUCUAACAACUGAGCUCAGGUACUGCAAGGGAGAAAUUGAAGACAAAAAGCAAGAACUCCUUGACAUGGACCAGGCAUUGAAAGAAAGGAAUUGGGAACUGAAACAAAGGGCAGCUCAGAUUACACAGUUGGAUAUGACAGUUCGUGAACAUAGGGGAGAAAUGGAACAACAAAUAAUUCGAUUAGAGUCCAAUUUAGAGAAGUCAGAGCUAGAAAUUAAGGAAUGCAAUAAACAGAUUGAGAGCUUAGAGAAGAAACUUCAGUGUUCUAAAGAUGAGCUUCGUGAAAAAGAGUUUGAAUUGCUCCAGAGAGAUCAAGAAAUAAAUCAGCUGAAGAAAAAAAUAGAAAGAAAACAACAGAGCCUAGAAGCUCUUGAAAAGAUGUUUUGUUUCAGGGGCAAGAAUUAUGAAGGAAGGAGUGUUGUCUAUUGAACAAGUAGCAACCUAGGAACGCUGUUGCUGGCAUCAUAAUCGUGCGUUCAAAGAGGAAAUUUUAACAUUGUGUUUGUAAAUAAUGAAUGUGGUUAUUUGUACUGACGCAAAUGACAACCUUUUUAUUUUUCCAACUGUUUUUCAGAUUAUUGCCUUGAUAUAAUAACAUCUUAAUUCAUUUUUUGAGAAAUAAAUUUUUUUUUUUAAGUAUUUUGAAUUGCAGAAAUUUUUUUCAGCUGUCAUUUUUUUCCCAAGGAUUUUAAACCAUGUACUUGUGUUUCACAUCUAACUUCCAAUUAAGAGCACAAUGGUAUUACCUUAUUAACAAUUUUUGAUUGGGAAUUUUUUUUUUUUUUUUGUACACAUACAAUGUUGCAGACACAAUAUCUUAUUAAAAUUGACCUGUUUGUAAGAUGUCUUAGGACACUGAUUUGAUCAUAGACACUGGCAAAACCUGCUUACUUUACUCCAAGCAGUACCUUUCAGAUGCAAAGGCGUAUGGGACAGGGCCAUAAAGUUUGAACUUCUUUUUUUUCCAAACCAAAAUCCAUACAAAAAUUACCAUUGAUUAAAAUGGCAUCAUAACUAUGCAUUCUAAAACAUACUUAUUUCCAAUUUUCAAAAAAUACUACCCAAUUCAGCUAGUACAAAUGGCUAGUGGCCUCUGUUUCUAACACUUUUAUCUUUACAAAAGCCUCAGAAACUACAAAUAUGGUUAUGAGGCCUAAAUCUGAGUCUGAUUAAUACAAACAUGAUUUACAUGUAUUAAGACAUGUGAUUCAUACUUCAGAAAAUCAAGUUAGUAAAGUUAUUUGACAUAAAGCAGAGGACCAGAACUGAAUGUAUUGCAAUUUAAAGAUGAGACCUCAGUUAAGUGUUCCAUAUAUUAGAAGAGUAUCUUGGCCAACAAACCUAUCUGUUGUAUUUCAGCAACUCUGCAGGUGGAAGUGUGCUAAACUCCUUAGGUAGUAGGUAGGUCUUUCCCUGUUUAUGCAAACAUGUUCCACAAAUGCAACCAUUCUACUUUAAGUGGUUAUACAAAACCAGGCAGACAUUUUGCUACCAUUGACAAGGUCAAGAUACACUCCUCUAAAGUAUUUCUGCAGUUUCAGAUUAUUUAUUUAGCUAUUAUGAAAACUAUGAUGUAGCAAAAAAUGGAAAUUAUGGAAAUUUAUGGAAAUAAAUAUAUUGUGUGUUUUAAAUCAAGCUAUUUGUUUCUCUAUGUAGUGGUAAAUGAAAAACAUUACUAUUAGGUUGACUAGUGUAAUAGCUGAAAAAUAUUAAAAUACUUUAAAUUUUUUUCCUCUCUUUAGGCAGAUCAGUUUGCCUUCAGGCUAGAAAUCUAUGCAUCAAAUUUCAGACAGAUUUUUUUUAAAGCAAAGGAACACGUAAGCCCUUCACACCAGGAUUUCAAGUGGGAAAUAUAACCAAUCUGUAAUUACAGUUGCAUCACAACACUAGUGGAAUUCCACUAACGUACUGUUGCAUAAAGCCUCGCUUGCUCCUCCUACAUGCACUAAAUAUAAAUGUGCAUGAGCAGCAAAAGCAAUUUGCCUAAUAUCUGAAUCAGCUAAAUUGCAUUUGCACUAAAAUUGUGUAUCUGGAUACCAACUUUGGUAAAACUGUGGGUCGAACCUGAUAAAUAAGUAGAAUCAUAAUUACAUUUUCUCUUUAACUUUAGAUGCUGUCUUGCUAUUUUGUUGCUUGUGUGAGAAGUUAACAAUUCCACUUGUUAUACUGUUCAAGUGAAUUUAUUUGUUUUGGAAAGGAGGGGCUUUUUUUUCCUAACAUCAUAAUUUCAGUUAAAUGUUUCUGUAGAGUCCUACUCUUCUUUAGUUACUAACCAGUUUACAUCUAUGGAACACUAAAUUCAUUCUUCUGAACUGCAUUGCAUUAAUAUGGGGUUAUUGAAUCUUGGAAAACAUUUUUCUGUGUAUAAUGGCUUUGCAAUUAGCUGAAUGCUGUUCGGAAAGCUAAUUGCUUAUUAAGGUGAUUCUUGUUCUGUUACUCAGGAUGGUUUAUAAGUUUCACGAAAGACUGAUUUUCUUUCUGAAUGUAGUAUGCCUACAGUUACUGUGUUAAAUGCGAAUUGCACCAAAUUGCCAGUCCAGAUGUCCCUCUGUUUAAUUCAGUGUUUAUAUGCAAAGUUGGUGGAAUAUUUUUCCCCCAAACUAAAACUGAGUCAGACAUCAUGCUAUUUCUGAUAUCCCUCCCUCCCUGCCCCAGCUUGUCCAUUGGAGAAUAGAAAGUGUUCAAAGAUAUUUCAGUGUUAGCAAGGAUGUAGUGAAGUUGGUCUGUUCGUCUUCCUGGCUGUUCUCCACUGCCAGCAUACUUGCUUAUUUUGUCUAUUCUGGGUUGGGAACAGUGCCAAAAAGAAAUGUGAGGAAUCUGUCUAAACAAAUUGUCUCUUUCCAAAUCCACAUCCCAUUUUUCAAUUUACUUUUUCUGUAAAGCCUAUUAGGAUUCUUACAAUAGUAAGGCAUCGGGGAAGAAAUCCAUUUGUCAUUCUGAUGCAAAAGAAUGAGGAGGGUGCUGUAAGUGUAGGAAGUCUGAACAACUUUAGCAGAGGGAUCCCAUUUUGGGUGCAGUUUACUUUCCAUAGACAUGAGUGGAGGACUUAACACUACAGACUGAUUGUAAUUGUGGCAAUGCUUUUCCUGCCAGUAGUAUGCAAACUGGUUAUUCCACUAUUAAAAAAAAAUAAA